GGAAAUCGUUAGAUUCUUGCGAUGUGGAUGAGUAUCUUGCACCUUUGCCCAUUCUGCUCUGCUCUACGGUAAGUAUAUUGGCGUCUGUCUGCGCUUGCACUCUUGCUCGGACCGCGGCUGUGCACCAAGACCUUCCUCGGCAGCGAAUUGAUCUAGACCGGAUAUACGAGACCUGGAGAAGACACAAUCCCAUGGCCUGAGGGAAGCAAAGCACUGGUCUCGGAGAAAUAGUCACAGACAAUAAGAUCAGACCGUCUUUCUGAGCUACUCUUCGUUGCAGCAAUUCAGAUUAUCAGAGCCAUCGCUUGUCAGCACGACUCCCCUAGACUACUGGCAACUCUGGUAUAUCAUCCAUUUACUGCUAUUUGGAUACUUGGAAUCUUUCGGUUGUAACAGGAUCAAUCCCGCUACAGGAACAAAAUGCACCUCUUCCGGCCUUGUCGAUCAUCUAAAGCGAUCGCUAGACCAUCGAUUUUGCACUGUGCGAAGACGUGUUGUGCAAAGUCUCGUGUACUAUCAGGUAUACGUGGGCUCUUGACCCAGGCGAGGGAUCGUGGACCUGUAGAUCCCCCUUUGAUUGAACAAACAAUACCCGGAUACUUCAAAGAUGUCGUCAGCGAGCAUGGUGACAGGCCUGCAGUGAUCUCGCGCCAUCAGAGCACCAGAUUAACAUACCAAAAAUUGGAUAUACAAAGCGAUGCUCUUGCUAGAGGAUUGGAAAGACAGGGAGUGCAGAAAGGUGAUCGAGUGGCCGUGAUGUUAGGAAAUGGGGUCGAGUAUUGUGUCGCUACAUAUGCGCUAUUCAAACUUGGUGCAACGCUUGUGCCUUUGAAUCCGGCUUUCAAUGCCCUGCAGAUUACUUCGGCUCUCACCCAUCUAGCAGCAUCACAUCUUAUCAUUUCCGCCGAGAUCAAUUUACCAUACAAGCUACCAAGAUCCGUCAUGCCGUUGCUCGCUCAUCUGAUUCCGGACAUGAGCAAGUCCAAGAUGGAGUCCGAAGCAGUACCCAGCCUCAAACGCGUCAUUGUGGUUGAAAAUUCGAGCGGUCGGAUAGAGACAGGAGCAUUCGGGGCGCUAAGCAACUACACAGACGUUCUUAGAGAUGGAGAAGGCGAGAGACUGGUACCCAAAAAUUUGGAUGCAGAUGAAGUAGUCAACAUACAGUUUACUUCUGGCACUACGAGCAUGCCCAAGGCAGCGUGCCUGACGCAUAGAUCCGUGCUCAACAAUGGAAAGAGUAUAGGUGACAGGAUGUUGUUGACACAUCAAGACAUUGUCUGUUGUCCCCCACCUCUAUUCCAUUGUUUCGGAGCCGUCCUAGGCUACAUGGCCACUAGUACACACGGAAGCGCGAUCGUCCUACCUUCCGAGUCUUUCAACGCCGAGGCUACCCUGCGUGCAGUCCAGGAGAAUGCAGCUACAGCACUUUAUGGCGUACCCACCAUGUUCAUUAGUGAGCUAGAGUUGCUGGCUUCUGGAGUCGUGCCGUACGAAGGCUUCUCACAACUACGUACUGGCAUCGCGGCUGGAAGUAGUAUUCCAGCUGCUCUCAUGCGCAAGCUCCAUGAUGUACUUGGAUUGACACAACUAACGAUAUGCUACGGCAUGACUGAGACGAGUCCAGUCAGUGCAAUGACUACUACUGAUGACCCCAUGUGGGCGAGACUCGAGACUGUGGGAAAACUCUUACCACAUGUCGAGGCGAAAGUGGUCGAUCCAGAGGGCAAGAUUUUGCCGCCAAAUGUGAGGGGUGAGCUCGCUGUGGCGGGCUAUCUUGUCAUGAAAGGCUACUGGGGCGACGAAGCGCGUACACAAGAGGCGAUCCAGGCAGAUGACAAGGGCAUACUAUGGAUGCACACAGGCGACGAAGCGAGUAUGGAUGAAAAUGGCUAUGUCCGGAUCACUGGCCGCAUCAAGGAUCUGAUCAUCCGUGGUGGGGAAAAUAUCCAUCCGCUGGAGAUUGAGAAUGCGGUCCUCAACCUACCUUUCGUGACAGACGUCAGUGUAGUAGGGUUGCCAGAUCCGAAGUAUGGUGAAGUGGUCGCAGCCUUCAUCAUGCCGAAGAAUGCGAAUGCAAGCGAAGAGGAGAAGACGAAAAUGGCCAUAGAGAUCAAGAAAUGGAUCAAGGAAACGCUAAGCCCGCAUCUGGUGCCGAAAUACGUAUUCUGGUCUGAUGGAUGGCCUAAGACAGCGUCUGGCAAAAUUCAGAAGUUCAAGUUGAGAGAGACAGGUGUCGAACUGGCUGAAGCCGGUCACGGUAUUUACACGUAGACCUUUUGCAUGACAGACUCACUCCUCCAACAGCAUGGUGAAUGAAGACGCACUUCCACCUAUGACAAAUUCAAGCAUUGUACAACCUUCAGAAUAUCAUUGACUACCAUACUGAAAGAUCUGUG